UGACAUCAUAAGUCUGCAUUACAAACCCUAAUUAUUUUGCCUCAAAUUCUUUUUCCUAUUUCUCCAAUUUCCAAAUUCUCUCUUCACAUUUCACAAAUUCCCUAAUUCUCGUUUCGUGCCGCCGGUGUCCUGCUCUGCCACCGGUCGCCCUUGCUCUACCGUCGGACUAUUGCUUUGCCACCGGUCGCCCUUGCUCCGCCGCUGGCUUCCUGCUCCGCCAGCAACAGCUUUCAGCUUUCCUUCGUAGCAAGGUUUGCUGGAUUUUCUCCAAUUCGUCAUUUCUCUGGUUUUCUCUGGAUUUUCUUCGAAUUCAUAAACACGUGCUGAGGCUCCAAUCACCCCCAUCCCAUUUAAAUGCCUGGGGAGGAUUUACCGGACGACUUAGAGGAGCCUCAUCCCGUGGCACUCAGCUUAAGGAACUAGAGGACGUUCCUCCUGAGCUAGAGAAUAUCUUCACAUUUUUUGACGUAGAAGUGUCAUCGGAAGAAGAAGGGGAAGAAGAGGGGAUGAAGAAACAGUUGGAGUACAUUCACCAAUAGCACCUGAUCAACCUAAUCUCCUGAUCGAUACGGAAGAAAAAUCAUACAUCUUAGGGAGGAUGGAAUGCUCUAGUCUACCCUACCAAAGAUGUAGCUAAUAUUUGUCUUGAUGUUUUUCAUAAGAUUGUUCUCCCGGACGCCUUCUUUCAAAAAAGUCUUAAGCAACACCACAUUGGAGUUUAUUGGCUGGAAUUCAAGGUACUUUGAAGAUGAGGCAUUUAUCGGAUACCUGAAAUAUCUUCAAUAUUGGGAAAGGCCCGAGUAUUUAAAGUUUAUUAUGUAUCCCCAUUGCCUCUUCUUCCUUGAGCUUCUGCAGAAUGCCAACUUCAGAAAUGCAAUGGCACAUCCUGUAAACAAGGAGUUGGUGCACAGACAGCAGUUUUACUUCUGGAAGAACUACAGAAACAACCGGUUGAAGCACAUUCAACCGAAGUCACUUCCAGAAUGUUCAAUUAGUGUAGCCCUGGCUUCUGCAGUCGCUCCGGGAUUGCCACUGACUACCAUCCCAGCUGCUGCUUCCAGCAUCCCUCCAGCCCCUCCUCAGGCUCCAUUGCCGAUGCAGUAUGGUUCUACUUUUGAGCAGGUUGAUUAGCUUCUCGAGCGACGAGUACAACCUUAGCAUCAAGAGAUCGAAGAAUUGCGGAAGCUAGUAAAAGUUCUCAGUCAGCCAGUUCAAGCAAGUUCAAGAGUCUAGAAGAAGUGGCCAGUAGUAUUUGAACUAAAUUGUGGAAACUAGUAGUAUUGGAACUUAAUUUGUGAUUUGAUUGAAUUGAAGUGUGAAAAAAUAUUUUGUAUCUAUGUAAAAUUUGAAUUUUUGUCA